UGGAACUCAACAUAACUCGUGCUAGCGAGCAGGAUGGCGUUUGGAAUGCACUAGUUGAUCAGAAAAUCAUUGAUUCAUACGGCAAAUUGUCGUCCAACUACCAAAAAUUCAGCUAUCCCGCAUGUCCGGCUUAUGAAGAACCUGUCAUGCGUGUGAUUGGCAGAAAUUUCAUCGCUGAAAUAGUCAAACGUCAAUGGCUAAGGCUAAAGACUGACAAAGAUCCCAAUUGUUUGAAAGCCAUCAAUUUGCUACCAUUGAAACCCUAUCGAGAUAUGCUUGGCGAUCUGAUGGCUGCCCAUGUCAUCUCUGGUGCUCGAGUGACGGAAGAUGCAAAACUCAUCGAGGAAGGAACUAAAGACAUUGAAGAUGAAGACGAGCGUGAAUGUGUCCGGAAGUUUCUGAAAAGCCGCCAAGCUGUUUAUGCUCGCAAGGGGAUAAAAUCCGAAGUUUUUCUUGACCUUAUAGAAAUGGAUAUUCGAAAGAUUCCAAACACCAAGAACAUUUCUACGGAACUCUAUGCCUUCGAUCACACAGCAUUCAAUCACGUCAUUGACACAAAGGAUCGAGAAACGUCAUGGAAAACAUACCUGACAGCAAUUUUGGUCGGUGCUGUUGGUAUCGCUUCAAUUGGUGCUGGAGUUUUCUUGAUUUACGAAAAAUUACUACCCUUUAGACUGAGCCAGAAUUUAUUAUUGAUGGGAGGAGCAUCAGACAUUUUGUACGCCAUAACGACCAUCAUGACGCACAACAACUUUACCUGGUCAAAUUUGUUUCGUCAAAGGCUAAGGAGUACCAUGGGAAAAGCAGAACCCAUGGACACGAUGAAAACCAUUUUCAAAUUAUAUGGUUCGACUGAAAAUGCUGACUUCAGAGGGACAAUUCGAUUGGCCGAUGGUAAGGAGAGAUGGAAACGACAACGCGGACGCCAAAUAGACAGAGAUAGUGAAGCUGCAUCAGGUGGGACUAGUGCGGGAAUUGAAUUGGAAAAUAAAAUCCAUUAUCUUUUACAAGAGUUUUUUAAAAAUGUACAUGGAGACAUACAGACAUGCCUCGCCAAAAACAUGACCGAAAUUCGAAAGAGGCUGAUCCAAUUUAACGAACUUUACGGACUCGAAACAUCCCAGGUUUUCGUUAAAGAGAAGUUGAACGAAUUGAUUUCUGGAAUUGGGGAUAAGGAAGGAAAAGGACACAAAUGGGUUUUUGACAUUACCGCCGCCAUGACUUUAAUCAUUCCUCAACAAACGGCAGGAAACCAGUUAACACAAGAAAGAGUUGAUGAAGCGAUUCACGGGGUGGAAUCGAUUUUUCAUAAGUACGAGGUGCGAAUGGGGUUGAUGCGCGUGGCUUUCACAGGUAUACGCAAAUUUCUAUCAGACUUGGAAAAUCAUGGCCAACCUAAAGUUCCAAUAGCUGAAGACAUCGACGCUGAAGAAGCUUUUCAGCGUUUUCAAAGAAGAACGCUGGCCAAUAUAGAGGAUGAGCUUAAGAGACAAGUGGAAAAAAUACUGGACUCGUUGAGGCAACAAAUUCAUGAAGUCCUCUGACCAAGUCUCUAAUUUAGCGCGAUAUUACUUCCGAAAUAUUCACCACGUUUUUGCAGUUGGCUUAAGCGAAGUUGAAUAUCCCGUUAUUUUUCGGAUUUCCUAAUUGCGCCUUGUGCGAGGACGAAAAAUGUCUUCAAACACUUUAGGAUUUUUCAGAUAUUUCUCAGUAAUUAUAGCUUUUCACUUGAGUUGGUAGGGGGAUGUUAUGUUGCUUGGGGAGCUUUUUUAAAUUGAAUCAAUAUUACAUUUUGUUCAAUCCUGUUUGGACACUGAACUGAUUUUUUACAUUUACCUUUCUUUACUUCCUUUUUUUUUGUUC